UUCCAAUCGAGCAUUCAGUUCUGUCUGAAACGUGUUGUAUGUUCCUCCCAAAGGCACUAUAUAAAUCUUCCGUUCAACGUCUACUUUUUCUAUUUCAGUUCAGUCCCUCACAUUUACACUCAAAAUUCUUCACUGUUUUUCCCUCUUUUGCUUCAAAUUAAAACACCCUGGAUUAGUUAUAAUAGAGCGGAACAAAAAUGAAAGCAGGUUUGGGUGUAGAUGGCGAAUAUAUUUACGAACAAGAGAAGCAUCUCACUGUUCUUAAAACUUCUCUUUUCUUCGCCAACGAUGGCUUCAUUGUUUACGACUGUAAAGGCCGGUUACUCUUCCGAGUCGACUCCUACGGCCCUCUUCCUCGUGAUAAAGGUCAACUUGUUCUUAUGGAUGCUCAUGGAAAAUGCCUACUCACCCUAAGAAAAAAGAGGCCGAGUUUGCAUCAGCGGUGGGAAGGGUUUGUAGGGGAAAGAUCGGAAGGACAGAAACCGAUAUUCAGUGUGAAAAGAUCAUCAAUAAUCGGACGGUGUGGGAUGAUAGUUGAAAUGUUGAACAAUCCAGGAGAGGAGUACCAGAUCGAAGGGAACUUUGGGCAACGAAGCUGCAAGAUAUUGAAUGCAAGGAAGGAAUCAAUGGCUGAGAUCAAACGGAAAGUUGAUGCUUCGAGGAAGGUGGUACUUGGGAAGGAUGUGUUUUUGCUUUCCUUAAAACCAGGCUUUGAUGGAGCCUUUGCUAUGGGGUUGGUACUUGUUAUUGAUCAGAUCUAUGGUGAUGAUUAUGUCCAAAAUUAUUAUGAGGCUGAGACCUUCCCUACCACACACCGCUAAUGUUUCUAAUUUUUCUUCUAUUAUUAUUAUUAUUAUUAUUAUUAUUAUUAUAUUUUCACUUUUCUUUAUUUUUUAUUUUUGUAAAAGGAGAUGCGGGAAAAUGCUUGCAUAUAAUGUGAAAAAGAUUGAGAACUAUAAUAUAACGUCCCUUUUAAGAUA